CUCAACAGUAGACACCAUUGACACCCAAACAAACAAAGACCUAGCAGACAAAAAAUAAUUGAGCGAAAUCUACUCUUACACAGAGACUUUCCUAGGUUCAGGCGGCAAUAGACAGUGCGAAUUGCCCCGUGACGAAAUUACUCAGCUUGAACACAACACAGUGUAUCUCACUUAACUACUGGACGAUUUGUCUUCUCUAGCAGGUGCGAGCAACAUCAUCUUGGUUAGAUAUAAGGCAAUCUCGGACAGCAGCCUCGAUAAAUGUUCGCCUAUUGCUGCUCUUUUUGUUUCAACAAUCCUGUCGGGAUCGACCAUACCGAGGCACUUUAAGCGCCGGGGCUCAUUUUGGGUGCAAGAUUCUACGCUCCCGCUUGCCAAUCUAUAUUUCAUACAACUCCAACGUUGCAACAAUCGACUCGGUCAUUGGGAAAGCCAUUGAUCUGAUCCACCCUGCUAAGCUUCGUUGCACAUCUCAGGCUCCAUAUCUGACCCAGACAUGGCUGAACGAAACAGCAAUGUGCAACUGCUUGCAGUCUCCGCCGAUUGGGGCGAUGUCGAAGACAGCGAGUACCGCUUCCUCGUCGAUGGCAAGGACGUAAAGUACGUUACAACAGCACCAGGAAUCUUUCCAAAAGAUGAUCGGACAUUUGCACCGAUCCUCAUUCCCCUGUUACCACAAUUCCCGCCCGGCGAUUGGAACGAAGGCCAUGUAACCAAGAACGACAUCACUGGUGAACUUGAAUUCGCCAGAGCCACCACCGCCAUCCUCCCCGGCGUGGAAAACAACUGGCACCCAGUAAAAGUCGGCCACUUGGAACUCGUCAAGCUCGAGCGCUUUCAUCAGAACAUUGACAAGGUCACCCACCCCCGAUUUUCCCAUCCUGUGGUUGUCAAGUUUGCAGAGUUCCCCUGGAAAAUACCGCAGAUAGAGCUUGAGACUACGGCUUACCAACAUAUCGAUGGUUCCGGCAUUGGUCCCAAUUUUCCUGGGACAUGUCACCGAGGCGGGCAGGACAAUCGGCUUUUUGAUAGACUCCGUGGAGGGUUCACGCACCGCUGCGGGGAAAGAAGACCUAGCUGGCUGUCAACGUAUUCUGGUAAAACUGCAUGGACUGGGCUUUAAACAUGGGGAUAUCAAUAAGCAUAAUUUUCUGGUGGGAAACGAGGGCGUGCUGAUGAUUGACUUCGAGACGACGAAGAAGUGUGAAGUGAAAGAGGAGCUGGAUGAGGAGUAUAGCAGGCUUGAGGAAUCGCUGAUGGAUCCUUCGUAUCGAGGCAUCGGUCCGAGUACAAUCGGUACUUCACCAUGAAACCUAAUUGCUGUCUUAAUUGUGCGUGUUUCUACUCCAGAAAGCAGUACUUGGAGCUUGAAGUUUCCAGACCAUGUACACAGUAUACUGAUCCAAUCGAAUCAAACUACACAUUGUCAAAUUAAAAUGACUACCUA